AUGUUUCUAAUUUGGUUGAUACUAACAAAAAUCAACAAGAAGAUUGGGUCAUAUAAAAAUCUGAUGUUAUCCUUCGCGAUUUAUUCAAUGAUCUAUGCAGUUAUCGAAAUCUCUACUCAACCAGUAAUGCAUUCGAAGGGAACUAUUUUUAUAUUAUUUGUUGAUAGUUUUUUCAAAAAUUAUAUGGGAUUUGGGAUAAUUCUUUUGAGUAAGUGAAGAGCUUAAGCUUUCAAACUAUAAAAAUUGAUGGUUUCUAGGCGUAUACAUUGGCACAUUUGGUCUCUGCAUUUCCCUGCUGUCCUGUCAUUUCAUCUACCGGUAUUUAGCAGUUGUUCAUCCAUCAACUCUAGUCUUCCUUGAAGGCCGCAAACUUUUUUUGCUCUUUAUUCCAAGUAUCAUUUUUUCCGGAAUAUGGACUACUACUGGAUAUUUUUGUCUAUAUCCCUCUGAGCUCAAAUCAAAAUUGUUGAAGUGAGUCUUGAAAAUGCGCUUGCUCUAAAAAUGCCCACUUUUUUCAGUGAAACAAUUUAUGAGAACUAUGGUGUGAAUAUUUUCGACACUCCUAAUCUUUCACUUCUUUAUUAUGUAUGUUAAAGCUUGGAAAAUCUAUAAAUCAAAAAUUUGCUCAUUUCAGCUCAUCGACAAAAAUGGAAAAAUAAAAAUCUAUUCAGAUUGCAUACUUUUCAUCGUAGCUCAAAUAAUCAUGGGUAUCUGCUUAACAACAAUGAUUUUCUGCGGCUCCAAAUGUCACAAAGCCCUUCAAGGAGUCUCGAACAUGAGCGAGCGAACCAGAAAUCUCAACAAACAACUUCUACUAACUCUUGUCGUUCAAACGCUUGUCCCACUUUGCACAAUGUUCACACCAGUUGCAUUUCUAUUCAUUUUCCCGAUUUUUUCGAUUGAAUUGGGAACUUGGGCGAAUGCUCCGGGAAUAUUUGCUGGCAUAUAUCCAGCACUGGAUGCUCUUAUUGUGAUGUUUAUGAUUAGAGAUUUUAGAGAUGUGGUUUUAUGUGAGUUUUUUUUUGGAUUUUGUUUUGUGAAAAAAAUGUGAAUAAGGAAUUUCAGGCAAAUCUCGAGAAAGAAAAAUCAACAUCUCAUCGAGUGAUGGAAAACUUCAAAACUCUAGCUCAUUCAAAUAA